CUUAAAUGCCAUGGCCAGCGCUGCACGCCCGCCCCCCCUCGAUCCAGCUCCCCUGUUGUAGCAGAUGUUAGGUGGGCUACUGCGCGCCAACUAACCCCAACAUGCCCCAAAUGGCAUAUUGCGGAGACACUGCUUCUGCUCUUGCUGCUCCUACCUACCCACCGCCGUGCAAGGCCAAUCUCCGCCCCGCCGGCUCGCAUUCCGACUACCCUCCCUCCGGUCACGACUCCGUCAUCUCCCACUCCUACUCAAAUACCGCUCGCGAUGCCCGCUCCAGCUCCACCAGCCAGUCCAUGCAGGUCCCCCCAGGGAUCCCCGCUCAUGUCGCCGCCCCGGAGCCCGCCGUCUCCGGGGACAUGAUGUGUAAGGACCCCGAAAAGCAGGCCGACUUUCCCACCAGCAAUGGUCGCCGCUCCAGGAACCACAUGCCGAGCAAUGGCCCUGACGACCUCUACUACCAGUCCGACGUGGACGAAGCCCAGCUGGAAGACAAGGCCUUGGGCAUCCUCGUACGUAUUACUCGGUGCUAGUAGCAAGCUAAAAAAAAAAAAAAAAAAAAAAAAAAAA